AUGGGAACCUGUUUGGGACAAUACUUUUCACGACUCAAAAUCUCAAACUCGCUCACAGAUCCUAAGGUCAUGUCUGAAGCAAUUGGGUGUUUCAAGUGUACUUCUGUCAACCACCAAAAUCCCGAGUGUGAAGACACCUUUAACAACACAGGCAAGUUCUACGAAGAGGAUUGCUGGGCGUACAGAAAGGGGAGGACUGGUGCCUUUCCUGGCACACAAUGCAUGAAGAUGAUUGCCAUAGAUGAGUCCAUUAACUACACAGUUGUGGUGCGAAAUUGUGUUGUUGAUGAUGGCGGCACCAACUCCGAGACCGAGAUAGGUCGACAAAGUCACUGUGGAUGGAUGAAAGUUAUCAAGUAUAAUGGAAGACGAAUGAAGGGAUGUAUACUAAGUUGUGACACAGAUGCAUGCAAUGACAGCAACAGAACAAGCAAAUGCCUCAUUUUAAUCAUUAUAUCAGUAAUAUAUGCCUCCACUUUCCAAAGCCAUUUUUUCAGACUGUUUACACCAGUGAUUCUAAAGUAG